CCCACACCCUGCCCUCCCCCAGAGAAGACCCACGCACUCACGGGACACCACAGCUUACGCCCGUGGGCCCCACCAGUUUCAGCUAAUCAGGAAGGCGAGCACUGUUUCCUUUUCCUUUCCGGCCCUACUCACAGGAGCAGUACGCUGCCGAUCUGCGUCCUCCUCAUCGCGCUCUCUGCACUGGCCGCCACUAGUACAUAUGUGAUGCCAACCUGCCUUGUUGUCCGUCCCACAGCAAAUUCCACACACGGUCACGAGACAUGUCCGGCGUGUGGGUGUUCAAGGACGGCCUCGUCCGCCGCGUGGAGAACCCCGGCCAGGACGACGAAGGGUCGUCGGCCGGCGGCGGUGGCGGCGGGCGGCGCAAGGUGCUGGUCCACGUCCCCAGCGGCGAGGUGGUGACCUCGUACGAGGUGCUUGAGCGGCGGCUGCGGGAGCUCGGGUGGGAGCGCUACGUGAACGACCCGUGCCUGCUGCUGUUCCACCAGCGCUCCACCGUGCACCUCAUCUCCGUGCCCCGGGACUUCGCCAGGUUCAGGCUCGUGCACAUGUACGACAUCGUCGUCAAGACCCGCAACGUCUUCGAGGUGCGCGACGCUGCUAAUUAGCUCUCGAUCCAGGCCGACAGGUCGGGCUCUGCUGGCAGCAAACGUGUGUUCUUGCAUGGCCUUUAUAUAUAUACAUAUAUAUAUGUGUGUGUACCCGCUCUAACCUCUCGAUUGAUCUGGAAUAAUGGGGCAUGCCCGAACACGCGGAAGUGGUACAUGCUUUGAAUUCUUUGCAGAUAUUCUGGUGAUGAAGAGAAAGAGGAUCGACGACGGAUAGAGUAGAGUAUUUUACAUAGGCACAACAUGUUUACUGGCACAAGGGGCUCUUGUAGACAAAUAUAUUGGUUUGUAUGAUUUUUACGGUUUGCCAAAGUGCUGUAUAUUGCAAGAUUUAGUUAAUGAAAAGUAUUGUAUUGGCCUGAU